CAGUCCUCAGGUCAACAUCCGGUUUGUCUUCUGAGUUCUGAUUCUAUUUUCCUCGGAGAACACUCAUCAUCUAACUAUCCAGGCUUUCUAAGGUUCCGUUGAUUGAAAGUUGACAAUGGACAGAAUCAGUGGGUUGUCUGAUGAACUGCUUGUUAAAAUAUUAUUGUUUGUUCCGACAAAAGUUGCUGUAUCCACAAGCAUCUUGUCAAAAAGGUGGGAAUAUCUUUGGAUGGGGUUACCUAAACUUGAUUACGGUCGUAUAGAUUGUUCAGAGUCUGAAUGCGAGAGGCUACGGUGUUUUCUUGUCAGAAACCUGCCAUUACAUAGAGCUCAGGUUAUAGAAAGCUUCCGCCUUAGAGUAGGGUGUUCAUGUUUUAAACCUGAGAAUAUCCAAAUGUUGGUUUUAACCGCAGUUUCUCACUGCCUACGUGAGCUGAAGAUAGUAUAUGAGUCUGAUUCGGCUGAGCUAGAUAUAUUGCCGAGUAACUUGUUUACCUGCAAAUCUCUCGUGUUCUUGAAACUGGCUGGUGAUAUCAUCUUGGACGUUCCUCGGAUGGUUUCUCUUCCCUCUUUGAAAACUCUGAAACUUCAAAAGAUAGUGUGCUGCAAUGGCGAAACUCGUCAACGGCUUCUAUCAAAUUGCCCUAUUCUUGAAGAUCUAAUGGUGGAUUUACAUGAUUAUGACUAUACGGGAAAGUUGUCUAUUGUCGUUCCAUCGUUGCAGAGUUUGUCACUCUUUAUACCCUAUCGUCGUGAGAUAGAUGGGUUUGUGAUAGAAACUCCUAAUUUAAAGUAUUUCAAACUUAGGGAUGAUAGUUGGCAUGAUCACUACUCUUUAAUUGGGAAUAUGCCUUUCCUGACCGAGGCAUAUGUAGAUGUUGACUUCCCUCAUAUCAGUAGUGUAAUAUCAAUCACAUCCGUCAAGCGUCUUGCAAUAUGUUCACUGGAUAUGCUUGAUGAAGGUUUUGUCUUCAACCAGCUUGAACAUCUGGAGGUAUGUCUAUGCACAGUGCUUUUCUCGAAUCAACUUGUCCGGCUGCUCAACGCUUCUUCUAAGCUAAAGAGACUAGACAUGUCCUUAACGGAUGGUCAUGUGCCUCGAGGUAUGGACGACUGGAACCGACCGAGUACUGUUCCUGAAUGUUUGUUGUCAAGUCUACAAAGUCUCAACUGGUUGGAGUACACAGGAGAACCACAAGAGAGAGAUAUUGUGGUUUACAUUCUGAAACAUGCUCUUCACUUAAAGACAGCAACAAUCACGUUAACUGAAUCGGAUUUUACAAAACUUGAUAUGAUAAAGGAGUUGGCACGUUCUUCUAGAGCUUCAACAACAUGCGAACUCAUGUUUGAUUGAGUAUUUGAUCUUUAAAAUUGGUCUUCUUCCUUCUAUUCCUUGUCUUCAACUCUGAAAACUUGUUUUCCAAACUAAAAUGUAGAAAUUAGCAAAUCGGACACGGUUUGACUAAGAUGCACCCGAUGGUGAUUCCAAGAAGCUACGGAGGCUAGCAAACCUGUCUCAGAACACUACAAGAAGAAUACUCCGACCAAAGUAAUCUAAAAUCCAAGACGCGAAAGAACUUAAAUACAAAAAGAGAUGUCGAUGCUGGUGGUGAACAACUAGAAAAGCUCGGGUAAAGCGCAAGCGGUAAAAAAUGCACCCAGCCAUGCGACACAGAGGAGAUCUCAGAGGAUAAAGCUAAAAUAGAGCAUAGAAGCUACAGUUCGGAGCUUCGAACUGGAAAGAUGAAUAGCAGGAGGAGCAUAACAACUCCUCGGAAUCAGGUGACACACACGGUGAGAGGGCUCCACCGACAAACGUUGAAGCAGCCCAGCAGGACAAUCCUCAAGAACCCGAGGUAACCGACAACAAAAUGCGAGCAAGAAAAACACUAUACAGCCACCAUAGGAAAUACCAUGGCUGUUGUCGCUUGAACUAAAGAAAGAGGUUUUCAGUGGCUUGCCUUAUUGCCACCUUUCACUCAAAACUUGAGAGGAAAAGCU